CGGUGUGCCCGCCCGUUACAAGCGUACGUGUGUGUUUUGUCUCUCCGUUCACGUGCCCCCGACGAGAGAGUUCGCGAAAAACGCGGCGGAGAACGUCAAUCGUCCGAAUAGUAUCUCUCGUGACAUGUUCCCGUCGAGUCGUCGGCCGUAAUAUCGCACACACCGUAGUAUUCACCCCUCCCCAAAAUUUUUACGGCAGUAGGAUUUUCGCGGUCUCAUCGCCACCAUGUGGUCCUUCACGCACGUUCGCGCGUCGCUAAGCGGUUUUGCAUUAAUCGUCUAGUCGCAGUUGAUAACAUUGUUAUUGCGGCGGAGGAGUUGUGACGUCCGUGCAACUUCGCGUCACACAGUAUUCGCGGACACUUUUGUCCCUCCCCCCCGCCACGUUCAUCGUCCUUAUUCGCCGAAACGAAUUUUCGUCCCGCGGAUCCCGAAUUCCGGACACGUCGUCGUCGACUCGCACAUGCACGUGCAGAUCUCUGACAAAGUUCUGUAACGUGGAACAUCUGCAGUGCGCAUAAAUGUGAGCAUAAAUUACGGAAACUGGUCCAAUCUUUAGAGACAUGCGGCCGUAUACCUACGCAGUCGCAGUGGGCUCGUGGAGCUCAAGGACCUUGUUGCUGGUCGUCGCAGUAAUCGUCGUCAGCGGUUCUGACGUGCAAAAGGAUGGACCAGAGCCAGAGUUUUUGAAUCCCAUGGAAAAUGUCACUGUCGCUUUGGGGCGGGAAGCGAUUUUGGUGUGUUCUGUGAAAAACAUCGGAGAACACAAAGUGGGCUGGUUAAAAGCAGAAGACCAAACCAUAUUAAGUUUACACGAACGUGUAGUUACGGAAAACCGGAGGAUAGACAUAGAUGUGGAUAACAACACAUAUUGGAGACUCAAAAUUCGGCAACUGCAAAUAUCCGACAAAGGAUGUUAUAUGUGUCAAAUUAACACGAAUGUCAUGAAGAAACAAAUUGGUUGUGUUGACGUAAAAAUUCCACCGGAUAUCAAAGACGAAGAAACCAUAUCUGACAUCACUGUAAAUGAAUUUGAAAAUGCUACGUUGGCUUGUAAGGCUAAAGGCAAUCCACUACCGAAAAUUACUUGGAAGCGAGAGGAUGGUCAUAAAAUUACUAUAAAAAACAAAUCAAGAAAAACAUUAUUAUUGGAUAGGGUACGUGGAGAACCGCUGUUGCUUAACAAAGUAGACCGCAGUCAGAUGGGACAUUAUUUGUGCAUAGCGUCCAACGAUGUACCACCGGCUGUUAGCAAGAGGAUCACGUUAAACGUUAACUUUUCUCCAUUCGUCUGGGUGACGACUCAGAUUGUGAGUGCACCACUAAAUACACAUGUACGAUUGGAGUGCUUUGUAGAGUCGUUUCCAACUUCUGUCAAUUACUGGACUAACGAAAAAGGAGCAAUGAUUCUUCAAGGGCAAAAGUACUAUACAGAAGAAGUUAAAAACAACUACAGAGUAAACAUGUAUCUCAAUAUUCAGAAUUUGGAUAAAAACGAUCUGGGAACGUACAGUUGUUUUGCAACAAAUUCUAUGGGACAAGGGAAUAGUUCAGUACGAGUGCACAAGAUAAUAAUGCCGACGACCGUCCCGCCGACUACGUCCACUACGACCGCCGCCACCACUACCACGACCACAACGACGUUACCGUCAACCACAAGAAAGGUCACAACCUCGACAGUGAUACCAUCACCAGCGACAAAAAGGAAAAGUCAUACAAUAUCUGGUGACCGAAAAUCUGGUGGAAAAAUGGACGACAAGACCGGUCAGCGGAUGAACGGUGUCGAGUCGGCGGACGAAAUGGAAACUAAAAGCAGCAGCCACCGGGCAAGCCGCGGUUCAAGUCGGGUCCGCCGGUCAACGGUCAGCCAAUCGGUGAGCAUCGUGGCUGAGCUGGCGUUCCUGACAGCCGCCACAACUAGCUGGUCGACCGGUUGUCCAGUAGACGCCGCCGUGGGUGGCCUCGUGUCACUGGCGCUAGCCGUUUCGCCGCCACUGGUCCUGUGGCUCCUGAACUGAAUCUCGCCAGGAGGUCUACACAAUAACCGACGGCAGAAACAAACAACAGGGGCGUACACGGGACGGACGCGGGCCGAAAGAAAUCCGAUCGGAUUUCAUGUAAUUAAGUUUUUGUAAUCGUUUUUUUAUUUUAUUUUUUAAUCACCUCUCCCUACCCCCAAACCAUAGAAAAUUGCUGUGUAUUACGCCACUGGCCACUUAACCGACGUCAUCACAUUAACGUUAUCGCUGAAUACCUACAUUCGUGGCACAUCUGGUUACCGACUACCCGCCCACAAACCAACCGAUAUAAUAAUGAUAUUAAUUCGAUUUCCCUACGGUUGUAUUUGGGUACGCGAUUGAAAACCGAAAUCGCGUGAUCGCCGUGUACAUAAAUACGCAAAUAACCUGAUUUGCCGUCUAACGUCAUCACAUCCGUUUAAAGAACAUUUUUUUAACUAUUUACACAAUAUUUGCUAAUUUGAUAUAUAUCCUGCAUUCGAACAGAUUUCUAUAACUGUUGGUUUAUUGUGAUUAAUAUUGUUCGAUUCGAAAAUAUAUUUAUAAUACAAUUACUGGUUGUUAACAUUUAUAACCUAUGAAUAAUUAAUUCAGAAGUCUCGCGAACAUAUUUUAUUUGUUUGACUUCGUAUAAAAUUCAUAUGGUACGAUUUGACUUAAUGAUUUUUUUUAAUAAGUUUUUUUUUUUGAAAUCUGACGUUCAAUCUAAAGAUAAUAAAAUACAAAAAUGGUUGUUUUAUAACGUAUAUCCGAGAUCGUUCGUUACGGACUAAUUUGUUACGCAUCGUACCCCAUCAAAACUGAAACCUUGUCAACAAUUUAUCGAUGUAAGGACUGAUUUGAUAACUUUUAAAACUUGUUAAUCGUGCUGUUUGUCAAACAAAACUUUUUUUUUUUUGUAAUUGGAACAAUUGAAAUUUUUAAGUGAUCCCUGUCAGUUUUGUUUUGUAUGUUUCAUCAUAUUUCCUGAUUAAUUGCAAUGACUCAAUAAAAACCUUUGAUAAAACUAACAAAAACUUACGCGCAAUAAAUUUCUGUAACGAUUGAGAAUAAAAUUGCUCAAAUGUAAUCGUAAAAAAAUGUUCAUUUUACGACAUGGUUAUUUUGUCUUUAAUCGAAUAACAUAAUUUUGUUUCAUAAUAUUACACCGAAUUGUAUUGUAUUCAUUUGCCAUUCCUUAACAAAAAUUCUUACUGUCCUUAAGGCAUCUAAAUAUCUUAGAAAAUUAUCAAAUAUUUGAUUUGUUAUUGUCUUGAAUUUUGAUAAUGUACAAAAAUAUAAAGUUAUGAACUGUACCAUGUGUAAAUACCAUAUCAAUGUUAUACCUGUAUUGUUUUAUCUAGCUAAAAGUUUAUUACUAAUAAUAAU